AUGAUUUUUUCGUUGUUUCUGGUGGGCUCGAGUCUUUUGCCAGCAAUUUUGGCGAAGGCGCUUCCCUGGACACCAGCAGUUCAAACGUCUACUGCAAACAAUCGAGCACCGGUGCAAGGAGGGUGGAGUCCCAGUCCAACAGCAGCUCCGAACAAUGCUCUGAAGGUGCUGGAUCUAUUGAAACGUCAAACAACUGCGAAUAACACUUGCGGAUAUUACAAUGGCAUUCAAUCGGAACCUUAUACUUGUUCUGGAGCAGGCUACUGUGCCCAUAAUUCAUAUUCUGCUGUCGGAUGCUGUACCGGAGAUAUCAAUUCUUGCGAUAUAUUCACCGCUUGCAUUGACUACUCCUCGUCCUCGGCGCUUUGUGCUCUAGCAGACGGGUUAACAGGAUGCUGCAACGAUUCCGAUUUUCCUUAUUGUGCAACUUUCCUCUGGAAUAACCCUCAAAGAAGCAUGUAUCGCUGCGUAACGUCUCCGGCAUUUUAUCUCAUGUCUGACUACCCAGUCACUGGUACUGCUUCAACGACUGUCGCGUCUUCUGUCACUUUAUCUCGAAGUGUCGCCUCAGUAGCGAGCAGCAUUCAAAGUGGAGAUGAUGCUCAGGAUGUAAGCAGCGCUUCUCGAAGUUCAGUGACCUCUGCAGGUUCGCGUAGCUCAGCAUCUUCAUCGUCACUAGCAACUCCAUUCGCAGGCUCAACAACUCAAAAGAAAUCCGGAGUUCCACUAGGAGCUAUUAUCGGUGGAGCUGUUGGAGGUGUGGCAGUAAUUGCGCUUUUGAUUUUUGCCAUCGCUUUCUUUGUCAGGAGGAAGAAAUCAAAUCCCUCACCACCACAGCCUCCACCUCAAGUCUCAACAACCCUCCCUGAUAACCCAUAUCACGGACCACCGCCAAAUUCACCACCGCCCUUCUACGAUAAUCGUACCAGUAUUGCAAAACCGGCUUAUCCUGUACAACAUACAACUGAAUUGGCGAAUACUGUGUAUAUUCCUCCUGCUAUACCGGAGUAUUAUCAGCCACCGAAAGAUGACGUCCCUGUUUCACCCGACUCCAACACACACAGAUUUUCAAAUAGUCAAAUAUAUAGCGAUCCAGGCCAUCAAUACUCCGAGCUGGACGCAACUGCUCUGAAUCCUUUGAAUGGGAAUAGAGUGGAGUUAGGUAGUGAGCCGGGGAAACCAAGUCAUGGAACAGAAACCAGUCCUACAAGAUGA